CGUUGCUGAUCGUCCCCGACACCCGGCAGCAUGUCCGAGUCGCCCCCGAGGUCGGGCUCCGUCGUUCCCUACUCGCUGAACUAUUGCGUGUCCGUCAGAGCGUCCGUCUUGUGUCGCCUCGGUGAACUCCGUCGCGUCGUCCUCUUAGCGCUCCGCUUCGAGUUCGUCCAGUGUCUCCCCUCUGCCCUGUGCGCCCCGUGUGUCUCGAUCUUUGCCCUGGCCCCGGCCCCGGCCCCGGCGAGAGUGACGAUGGCCACCGACAUGCCGGACCUUUCCCACUUGACCCCCGAGGAACGGGAGAUCAUCCAGUCGGUCAUGAUGCGACAGAAACAGGAGGAGGAGCGAGAGAACGAAAUCAUGAGG